AUGUAUUUGCGCUGCAUUUGUUCAAACAAAUAUGAAUAUGCAAUUGGCAAAGAAGAAAAGAAAUGUAUCACUCUGCCGUCUACGGUGGUCCUCCCUCAUGAUCUCAUCGUCGAGUUACUUUCCUAUCUUCCGGUAAAAUCUCUUGUCCGAUUCAGGUCUGUUUGCAAGUCUUGGAAAACUGUAAUUUACGAUCCCACUUUUGUGAAAUUGCACCUCAAGAGAUCACCAACAAGAAAUCCACUCUUUACACUAACAACGUACCAUGUACCACGUACUCUUGGAUAUUAUUACAGUGUCAUUCCAUACCCCAUAUCUCGCUUCAUUGAGAACCGGUCAUUCAACCUUUCCGUCGAUCCUUACUAUUCUUUGGAAGACAAAGAAUGUUCACAUAUAGUUGGUACCUGCAAUGGAUUGAUCUGUUUGUCUCAUUAUUCUUACAUUGAUGAUCAGUUUAAUAAAGAGUUCUGGCUCCGUUUGUGGAACCCGGCCACUAGGACAAUAUCUCCACAAUUUGGGUAUUUUCGUGGUUUUUAUGUUUUCGACUUUAAGUUUGGUUAUGACAAUUCAACCGGAAAAUAUAAGGUGGUGGCAUUCCGUUACCAUAAUCAGAAAAGCAAUGUGAGAAUUCUCAGUUUCGGUGAUAAUGUUUGGAGAGAUAUUGAAGGUUUACCUGCUGUUCCUGUUCAUCUUCAUUUUAAUUAUCAUGAACAUGCUGCUAUUGGUUGUGUAUAUUUGUGUGGUAGCCUUAACUGGUUGGCUAUUCACAAUAUCAAUGAGUAUAACUAUAAGGAUAUUACAGUUGGGCAAUUUCUUAUUGUUUCACUUGAUUUAGGGACAGAGACAUAUAAUCAGUAUAUGCUACCUCGUCGUGUUGAUGGAGUUCUGUCAGGAACGCCAACCGUUAGUGUGUUAGGGGGCUGCCUUUGUUUUUCUUAUUCUUACAAAGAAACUGAUUUUGUUAUAUGGCAAAUGAAGAAAUUUGGGGUUGAAGAUUCUUGGACUCAAUUUCUUAAAAUUAGUUUUCAUAAUCUUCAAGUAGAGUGCAACUUUAGUAAGCCUAGGAUGAUGCAUUAUUUUGAAUUGGUGCCGUUGUUUCUUUCUGAGAAUGGUGAUACACUGGCGCUUACGAGCAUUGGAGAUUCCAAUGCAAUUCUCUAUAAUUUGAGUGAUAACAGAGUAGAGCAAACAAAAUUUACUGCAGCUAGAAUUACUACUAGUGGUUGUAGUACUAGUAAUAUAACUUGCUGGUACAUGGCCAUGGAUUUUGUUGAAAGCUUAGUUUCAACUUUUUGA